CGCCCCCGCCCGCGUAGCUCCUCCCGCCGCGGGGCGGGGGCGGCGGCCCGGGCUCUUUAGGGCCUCGCCGCCGCAGCCGCUGCCGUUGCCGCUGCCGCCAUGAAGUGUCACUACGAGGUGCUGGGAGUGAGCUGCGACGCCGGCGAGGAGGAGCUGAAGCGGGCGUACCGCCGGCUGGCGCUGCGCUGGCACCCGGAUAAAAACCUAGAAAACGCGGAGGAAGCAGCAGAGCAGUUCAAGUUAAUCCAGGCAGCGUAUGAUGUUCUCAGUGACCCCCAGGAAAGAGCCUGGUAUGAUAACCACAGGGAAGCUCUGCUGAAAACAGGAGAUCAUGGAGACUAUCAAGAUGAUAGUUUAGAUCUGCUGCCAUACUUCACUGUUAGCUGUUACUCUGGAUAUGGGGAUGAUGAAAAGGGAUUUUUUACAGUCUAUCGACAAGUUUUUGAAAAGGUUGCAAAAGAAGAGAUGGAGUGUAUGACCCAGGGUGCUACUGAGUUAUUCCCUAUGUUUGGAUAUUCCCAAAGUGACUAUGACACGGUAGUCCACCCUUUCUAUGCAUAUUGGCAGAGUUUUUGUACUCAGAAAACCUUUGUUUGGAAAGAAGAAUAUGACACACGACAAGCCACAAACCGCUGGGAGAAACGAGCUAUGGAAAAAGAGAACAAGAAAAGAAGAGAUAAAGCAAAGAGAGAGAGGAAUGAAAUGGUCCGUGAUCUAGUAGCCUUUAUUCGUAGAAGGGAUAAAAGAGUACAAGCUCACAGAAAACUUGUAGAAGAACAAAAUGCAGAAAAAACUAGGAAAGCAGAGGAAUUUCGGAGGCAGCAAAAGCUCAAGCAAGCUAAGCUUGCUGAGCAGUAUAAGGAACAGAGCUGGAUGGCUAUGUCAAAUCUGGAGAGAGAGUUGCAAGAGAUGGAGGCACAAUAUGAGAAGGAAUUUGGAGAUGGAUCAGGUGAUGAAGGUGAAUUAGAACAACAGGAGACAAAAGGCAUUGAAGGCAAACUGCAUGAUGAGACUAAAGGAGCUGAAUUUGUUGACAGACUGUACUGCCCUGCUUGUGACAAAUGGUUAAAAACCAAAAAAGCCAUGAAGAACCAUGAAAAAUCAAAGAAGCAUCGAGAAAUGGUGGCACUGUUACGACAGCAGCUGGAAGAAGAAGAAGGGAAAUUCCCUGUGUCUCUGGAUGAUGCGUGUGGAUUACAUACCAAAGAGGAGGAAGAAACAGAAGACAUGCCCAAGCGGAAACUCUCAAAGAAGCAGAGGAAGAAACAGAAAACAGGGACGAUUUAUGAGGACUCUUGUGAUAAAAGUGCUGAUGAAGAAACAGUUGAACAAAAGGAGGUGCCUGACGUGAACAAGGACAUUGGCUCAGAAGCGGAAUUGCUAGAUGAUGGUCAAAGAUGUGUUGUGUCAGAGGAUGCAAGCACUACAGAAGAUAUCAGCCAAGGAAAAGAGGCAAAAAGUGAAGUGAAAAGCAGUACUAAGCCUAAAGAGAAAAAAGCCAUGGAUGCAAGAAAGUCUGCUAAGUCAUCUUCAGCGCACCCAACAACGAAUGAAGUUCCCAUCUACUGUGUAACCUGCAACAGUGCAUUUCCAUCCCGAAAUAAACUGUUUGAACACCUAAAAGCCACAGGACAUGCAAAAGCGCCACAAGCAACAGCUGCAAGUGAAGCUGAAAACACCAGAAGCAAAAAAGUGAAACGUAAAACCAGAACUUUUUUACAGUGAUCUUAAGAAUCAGACAUGAAAACUCUCCUGAAACUGAAAGGUGCACAUUGCCUGUGUUUGGAGUUAGAGAAGGCAAGUCCUGAUUUUGGAUAAAAUGGAAGAUGCAACAAAAGGAGUAUUAUCUGGUGAAGGAACCUGUGCUUUCUAUUGUUGGCCUUUCUUUAAUGACUGGAUGUGACCUAGCAUCUCAGCAGCCUUUACACUGGGGGUAGGGAAAUAGUAAUUCAAAGCUACUCAGCUUGCAUUCCUGUAGAAACUUGCACAGAUGAAGUACUUGCACAGAGGAAAUAAUAAAUUAUUUUUGCAUUUA